AAACUCGGGGGAGAAACCGAAGACAGAUCGAUCGAGCCGCAGCAGCAGCAAGCCACCCCGCGUCCGCGUGCGAAAAACGCUCUCCGCCCUUGCUCCCAUCCCAUCCGCGCUCCUCCUCCUCCCCUUCGGCUCCGCCCCUCGCUGCGUGCGCGCGCCGGUGUCCCGCCCGCCGGCGGCGAGAAGGAAGAGGGGGGAACGAGUGAGAGAGAGAGAGAGGCCGGGCCUGCCGGGCGAUGGCGUACAGGGCGGACGACGACUAUGACUACCUCUUCAAGGUGGUGCUCAUCGGGGACUCCGGCGUGGGGAAGUCGAACCUCCUGUCGCGGUUCACGCGCAACGAGUUCAGCCUCGAGUCCAAGUCCACCAUCGGCGUCGAGUUCGCCACCCGCAGCAUCCACGUCGACGACAAGGUCGUCAAGGCUCAGAUCUGGGACACCGCCGGACAAGAGAGAUACCGGGCUAUCACAAGUGCAUACUAUCGUGGAGCAGUAGGGGCACUCGUUGUCUAUGAUGUCACACGACAUGUCACCUUUGAAAAUGUGGAGAGGUGGAUGAGGGAGCUCAAGGAUCACACGGAUGCCAACAUCGUGAUCAUGCUUGUGGGGAACAAGGCGGAUUUGCGCCACCUUAGAGCUGUCUCGACCGAGGAUGCUAAAGCAUUUGCUGAGAAAGAGAACACUUUCUUCAUGGAGACGUCUGCCCUGGAGUCAAUGAAUGUAGAGAAUGCUUUCACUGAAGUGCUCACCCAGAUAUACCAUGUUGUGAGCAAGAAAGCUCUUGACAUUGGCGAUGAUCCUGCUGCACCUCCAAAGGGGCAGACUAUCAACGUUGGUGGCAAAGAUGAUGUCUCAGCCGUGAAAAAAACUGCUUGUUGUUCAUCGUAGAUCAAAGGACUUGACAGACAUGGAGAUACUGAGAUGGUUCGUUGAUACUAUGCGGUAGGACACAGGAUGUUAUUGCAAUCAUAGACCUUAUCUGUAUUCAUGUGUUGCGAAGUGUCUCCUUCGUUUUGCCAUUUGAUAUAUUAAUUCAUUCAGGACAUAAUCUUGCCGGUAUAGUUUAGGGAUAUGAAAUUGUGACUUGUGAGGCCAUCAGAUUUUCACAGGCCAUUUGUUUGCUUCUAUUAUGGUUUGACCGUGAUUUAUUUGUAUGUUGCUGUCUAUUUUUUUUCACUAGCACAGUUCAUUGAUUAUAUAUAUAUUUUCCUCUACUGAUA